ACAAUUACUUACACCAAUUCAAUUCUGAUUUCUGAACCACCACCGCACGAUCCGGCGAACUAGAAAUGGCUUCUCUGGCAGCAUCCACGGCAGCAGCAUCUCUUGGUGUGUCGGAAAUGCUCGGAAACCCUCUCAACUUCAGUGUUGCGACCAGGACAGCCCCAGCGCCCUCCAGCCCAGCUACCUUCAAGACUGUUGCUCUUUUCUCCAAGAAGAAGCCCGCACCGCCACCCAAGUCUAAGCCUGCUCCGGCGAACGAUGAGCUUGCCAAGUGGUAUGGUCCUGACAGAAGGAUUUUCUUGCCGGAGGGCCUCUUGGACCGGUCUGAGAUCCCGGAAUACUUGAAUGGAGAAGUUCCCGGAGAUUAUGGUUAUGAUCCUUUUGGGCUUAGCAAGCAGCCAGAGAACUUCAGCAAAUAUCAGGCGUAUGAGUUGAUUCACAGCCGGUGGGCCAUGCUUGGUGCUGCCGGAUUCAUUAUCCCUGAGGCAUUAAACAAAUUUGGCGCUAACUGCGGCCCUGAGGCUGUCUGGUUCAAGACUGGGGCUCUACUCCUAGAUGGGAACACCUUGAAUUACUUUGGGAAGAGCAUCCCCAUCAAUCUUGUUCUUGCUGUCGUCGCCGAGAUUGUUCUAGUUGGGGGUGCAGAAUAUUAUAGAAUCAUCAAUGGCUUGGAUUUGGAAGACGAGCUUCACCCAGGUGGUCCUUUUGAUCCAUUGGGGCUAGCGAAGGAUCCCGACCAGGCUGCAAUUCUAAAGGUGAAGGAGAUUAAGAAUGGUAGACUUGCAAUGUUUGCCAUGCUCGGUUUCUUCUUACAAGCUUAUGUCACGGGAGAAGGUCCUGUUGAAAACCUUGCAAAACAUCUCAGUGAUCCUUUUGGCAACAACUUGCUCACUGUGAUUGCCGGAUCUGCCGAAAGAUCUCCAACCCUGUGAUUUGUUAGAAUCUUAGAUGCGUUGUUGUACAUCUCACCAAGACAUUUUGCAAGGGUAUAUAUAAUCCCUGAACUCUAAAGUUCAACUGUGCUUUAAUUUAUAGAGACCUAGCACUGUUCACCUUUGAUUGAGACAUCAUAAUUAUUUCUUCUA